AUGGCUGCCUUCACUCGAUGUGCGACCUUUUUUCUCCUCGCCGGCGCAAGUCUGGCAGCGCAGACGAGGAGAUACAACUUCACCAUCACUAACAAGUGGGACACCGGGGAUGGCCAUGGCAGGCCUGUCUUUGCCAUCAACAAUGAGACACCCGGCCCGCUCAUUGUAGCGGAUGAGGGAGAUGAGAUUGAGGUAUUUCUUGACAACCAAUUGGCGUUCGAGACAACUAUGCACUGGCAUGGAAUCUACCAAAUUGACAAGCCUUGGAAUGACGGAGUUCCGGGAGUGACCCAGUAUUCCAUUCAACCACGCGACACCUACACGUAUCGCUUCACCGUUCAGCAACAAUAUGGGAGCUACUUCUACCAUGGUCACUUUGGACCAGCCUUCGCAGAUGGCAUGCGAGGUCCCAUCUGGAUUGCACCUGCACCAUGGAGACCAAGACCCUAUGAGCUCAUCUCGUCGUCGCCCUCAGACAUUGAAGGCAUGAAGCUUGCGGAGAAGAAUCCUCACCACGUCGUUAUCAGCGAUUGGAACGCUGAGCCGAUGGACAUCCUCCUGAUUAUGUACCGCGAUACUGGCGUAGUUCCGUGGUGCAGCAACUCGAUUGUUUUGAAUGGCAAAGGCCGAACCACAUGCCACUCAAAAGAGUUGCUGGAGUCUGUCGGUGGGCCUAACCGGGACUCUUUGGGCUGCCUCCCGCAGGAUCGACAAGCAGAGUUCACAAACCCGCAGGUUUGCCAGGAGACAUUUGCUGAUCUCGAAGUCUUCGAGGCAAAGCCUGGUGAGGAGUGGAUGUGGAUCAACUGGAUUCACUCUGGGGCGCAUCACGAGCUGCAGAUUAGCGUCGACGAGCAUGAGUUCUACGUCGUCGCGGCAGAUGGAGAGUUUGUUCACCCGCAAAAGGUUCAUGCUGCCAAUUGCAAUCUUGGUGAGCGCAUUAGCAUUCUCAUUCGCUUGAACCAGAAGCCUGGCGACUACGCCAUCAGAGUCACCUCACUCCGGAGAGAGCAGAUCAUUCAAGGCCUCGGCAUUCUUCGAUACCCUGGGCAGAAUGCCGAAGGCAAGCAAAAGGUGCCUGAGACUAAGCCAUGGGUUCAUCUCAACGGAACGCUCAUCUCGCCGUCUUCGGUGUACAUGGACGAGACGAAGCUCGCCCCUUACCCUGCCCGCCCCCCGCCAGCCAAGUCCGACAACACCGUCAGGUUCUUUGUCAACAUGACGGGCCCCAGCAGCUGGGCACUGAACAUCGGGCCUCAUCAGGCAUUCCGCCAGCAACUGCCGCCCCUGCUGUGGGACGAGGAGUCCCGUGGUGUAACGACAUAUGGCGAUGAUGUACACGGGGGCUCAUUGCUCAAUGGCACCGUGGUCGAUAUCAUCUUCGAGAACGGUGCCAAUGUCACUUCGCAGCACCCCUUCCAUAAGCAUAACAACAAGGCCUUCAUCAUCGGCACCGGUAGUGGCGGCUUCCCCUGGGCCACUGUCGAAGACGCUAUCCGAGAUGGAGGUAUGGCGAAACACUUUAACCUAAUUGAUCCUCCCAAUCGUGAUGGCUGCAGAUUGGGCAACAGCACCGGUGACUGGACGGUUAUUCGAUACGAGAUCUCUUUCCCUGCGGCGAGCAUGCUUCAUUGCCAUAUGAUCCACCAUUUCGCCGCCGGACAGCAGGUUGUCCUCCUAGAAGGCGUUGAGAGCAUGGCCAAGAUUCCCGCAGAGAUGAAGGACAGAGUGCACUCAGAUUUCCGGGCCCCUCUUCGUUACGGCCCGUUGGACUAG